AUGUAUCCACCCAAGGAAUUCGGCAGACCGGAAUUCCUCAAAUAUCACCUCAGAACCGACGACGACUCCAGCCGCCCAGCGUGUGGCCUUUGUGGGGAAAAGUUUUCCAGUGCGAACAGCGUCCAGGCCCACAAGGUCAAGGAGCACGGGGCUGACCCCUUCAUUUGCGAUGAGUGUGGAGAAAAUUUCACCUCGCUGAAGGGGCUGAAAGGGCACAAGUGGAGGCACGUGGGGUUAAAGCCGUUCCAAUGCGAGACCUGUGGCGCCACUUUUCCGGUCAAAGGAGAACUCAACUCUCACCUCCGGUCCCACUCCGUCCUCCGCCCGCACCCCUGCCCCCACUGCGACAAGACGUUCAAACACUCGCACAAACUCCGCGCCCACCUCAACCGCUUCCACACCCCUGGAUACGUCCCCAAACUGCGGAAAUGUCCCCACUGCGAAAAGUCCUUCCGGGCCUCGGUCGCCCUUAAGGCGCACCUCAUCCGCGCCCACGCCGAAGGGGGGCCCUUCACCUUCCCGUGCGCCCAGUGCGGAAAGGGGUUCGUCUUCAGCUCCUUGCUCGCCCUCCACUUGAAGCGGGUGCACAGCGUGGAUGCCACGGCGAGACGGAAGAAGAGGGUGCAAAGGGCCAGGAGGUCAACGACCCCCAAGGUCAGGAAGCAGGUCAAGGUCACGCAGUCCAUUGGGGACAAGUUUCUCGCCGCAGGGGGAGAAUUUGGCUUCAAUUGCGAGCACUGUGGGAAGGGCUACAUGGUCAAGUCAACGCUGCAACGCCAUCUGAAAAAAGCACACGGGGUUCUGAGGCCAAGGAAGGUCGCGGCGACAAGGUCUAAAAAGAGGGAGAGGUCAAGGGUCACGAGGAAAAAGAGUGUCGUUACUACCAGGACGAAGAAGUUAGGGAAGAAGAAAUCCAAGAGGGGCAGGACGUUCCAGGAAGAAGAAAAUGAGGAUUCUUAA